CUAUGCUACUGCUCAGGCUGAUCCUAAUAGUUGCGCUAACAGCAAAUGGCAGGACUGUUUGUCGACUAAGAGGUGGAACACAACAGCCUGAAUUUGCACAGGAUGGCGACAUUAUCAUUGGAGGCAUUUUUUCAUUCCGCACAGGCCAGGAUUAUUUUACCGAGACAUUUCAGGCAAUUCCAGACUUCCGAAAAUGCAACAAUUUCAAUUUAAGAGAAUUCAGAUUUGCCCAAACAAUGAUCUUUGCUAUAAAUCAGAUCAACACAAAUCCUAAAAUGCUUUCUGGUGUGAGACUUGGCUACAAGAUCUAUGACAACUGUGGGACUAUGGACAUACUGAGAGCUGCGUUGGCACUUGUAAGUGGGCUUAAAGAAGAAGUUAAUGAACAUGACUGCACAGACACAGAGACAGUGCAAGCUAUCUUGGGUCAUUCAGGAUCAAGUCCAACCAUUGCCUUUUUACAGAUUGUCGGAAGAUUUCAAAUACCUGUGAUCAGCCAUUUUGCUACUUGUGCCUGCCUGAGCAAUAGGCGAAAGUAUCCAACUUUUUUCAGGACUGUUCCCAGUGAUAACUACCAAAGCAAAGCUCUGGCAAAGCUAGUCAGCCAUUUCGGGUGGACCUGGGUCGGGGCUGUAGCUGUGGAUAAUGAAUAUGGGUUGAAUGGAAUUACGGCAUUUAUCGAAGCUGCAGAAGAAUAUGGAGUAUGUAUAGAGUAUUCUGAAGCAUUUUCAUCUUCUGAUCCACCCCAUGUGCUAAAGAGAAUAAUAGAAACCAUCAAGCAGUCCACUUCAAAGGUUAUUGUGGCUUUUGUGUCACACAGGGAAAUACAAAUACUUGCUUCUGAGUUGUACAAACAGAAUAUCACAGGACUGCAGUGGAUUGGUAGUGAUGCAUGGAUCACAGAUUCCUCUCUCACAGACAGUGAAGGACACACUAUCCUGCUGGGGUCACUUGGCUUUGCUGUUGCCAAAGCUAACAUCCUUGGACUGGGAGAACACCUGAGGCAACUCCAUCCCUCUCAGUUCCCCAACAGCCAGUUUGUCAAAGAUUUCUGGGAAGAAGUAUUUGAUUGCUCUCUAAAUGAAACUGUGAACACAGAAAGACAACCCUGUAGUGGCUUUGAGAGCUUGCAAACUACUGAAUCACAGUUUACUGAUGUGUCUGAGCUCAGAUUUACCAAAAAUGUCUACAAGUCAGUCUAUGCAGUUGCUCAUGCACUUGAUGUCAUCAUUAAAUGUGAUGAUAAUAAAAAAACAUUCUUUAAUAGGAGCUGUUUAGACCCUAAGCACAUACAGCCAUGGCAGGUCUUGCAAAAUCUUAACAACAUAAAUUUCACCACCGGGGAUGGGGAAAGAGUUUAUUUUGACAGUAAUGGUGACUCACCGGCAAGAUAUGAACUUGUAAAUUUACAAAUUACAACAAAAGGGAUCAUGGAAGGAGAAACUGUUGGCUUUUAUGAUGAUUCUCUUCCAGAUGAUCAACAGUUCCUUAUGAAUAACAUCUCAGUAGCCUUUGCAAAUGGCUUGUUAGAGGUGCCUGUGUCAGUCUGCAGUAAAAAAUGUCUCCCUGGAACUUAUAAAGUGCUCCAGAAAGGAAAGCCAAUCUGCUGUCAUGAUUGCAUACCCUGCCCAGCAGGCGAGAUCACAAAUUUAACUGAAUCAUUGCAGUGUCUUAAAUGCCCUGUUGAGUCCUGGUCAAACAACCAAAGUGAUGCCUGCAUCCCAAAACCAGUUGAGUUCCUAGCAUACCAUGAAAUCCUGGGGACGGUGUUGGCAUUUUUUUCACUACUGGGAAUCUUUCUAACUAUGAUCACAACACUAAUCUUCUUCACCCACAAAGAGACCCCAUUAGUACGAGCUAACAACUCAGAGCUGAGCUUCCUGCUGCUCUUCUCUUUGACUCUGUGCUUCCUGUGUUCUCUAACCUUUAUAGGCCGCCCCACUGAGUGGUCCUGCAUGCUGCGUCACACAGCGUUCGGGGUGACCUUUGUCCUCUGUAUGUCCUGUGUUCUUGGGAAAACUAUGGUGGUUUUAAUAGCGUUCAGGGCUACACUUCCAGGCAGCAAUAUAUUGAAAUGGUUUGGGCCUGCACAGCAAAGAUUCAGCGUGUUAGCGUUCACACUUAUACAGGUUUUAAUAUGCGUACUUUGGCUAAUUACAAAGCCUCCAUUCCCUUUUAUGAAUAUGGCGCUUUAUGAGGACAAAAUCAUUUUACAGUGUGAUCUUGGCACAGCCAUUGGGUUCUACACUGUUUUGGGGUACAUAGGAUUUUUGGCUCUUUUAUGUUUUGUACUUGCUUUUUUGGCUCGAAAGCUGCCUGAUAACUUCAAUGAAGCUAAGUUUAUUACUUUCAGCAUGUUGAUAUUCUGCUCAGUCUGGAUUACAUUUAUACCCGCAUACAUCAGCUCUCCUGGUAAGCUAAGCGAUGCUGUAGAAAUAUUUGCUAUUUUGGCCUCUACUUAUGGAGUCCUGUUCUGCAUUUUUCUGCCAAAAUGCUAUAUAAUAUUGUUCAGACCAGAACAGAAUACCAAGAAACAUAUAAUGGGAAAAACCAUCAAAAUAGAUAUCCAAUAUUAACAAGUUCUUAUUUGUUUACUCUCUAAAAAAAAUGUGUAAAAGUUUUGUGUUUGUAUUGUAAUACACUUCCAACUUUUGCUCCUAUUGUGAUUGCACUGUUGUAUGUUGUGAUGAAUAAAGUUUCAUGUUAUUUAACUAUAAAUGGAACCCAAA